AAGGAGGAGUCCCGCCGCGGCUCACGUGACCUCGGGGACGUCCGCCAUUUUGUCCUGCGGUGGGCUGGGUAUUUAGAGCGAGCCGCGGGGGGCAGCGGCGGGAGGACGCAGCGGGAUACCGGCGCCUGCCGCUUUGGCCAGCCCCGACACUUUAUUAAGCCCCCGAACCAUUGCAAACGGAACAGAAACCAGCCCUUGGGCCUCUUGGUCUUUGCAAAACAGGCUCCCCCGGGGACGUUUUCGUUGCAGCCGGAGGCGCUGGCCCGUCCCUUCUCCCCGGAGCCCUCGCCCGGUAGCGCCGUAGCCGCCCUUUCCUCCCCCUUCUUUUUUUAUUUUUUUCUCCCCCCCUUCCUCCCCUCUUUCCUGCCUCCUCGUCCGGCUCAGCCAUGUCCUCUCCUCCGGAAUACGCCUCUUUCUUCGCCGUCAUGGGGCCGCCUCGGCUGCCAUGGUCUUCAGCGCCUUGGGAGCCGCCUACGGCACAGCAAAGAGCGGGACAGGUAUCGCAGCCAUGUCCGUCAUGCGGCCAGAGCUGAUCAUGAAGUCCAUCAUCCCUGUGGUCAUGGCGGGCAUUAUAGCAAUCUACGGCCUGGUAGUGGCAGUCCUCAUCGCCAACUCCCUCACAGACACCAUCACGCUAUACAGGAGCUUCCUUCAGCUGGGUGCUGGCCUGAGCGUGGGCCUGAGCGGGCUGGCUGCCGGCUUCGCCAUCGGCAUCGUGGGUGACGCAGGCGUACGGGGGACAGCACAGCAGCCCCGGUUAUUUGUGGGCAUGAUCCUGAUCUUGAUCUUCGCUGAAGUCUUGGGUCUCUACGGCCUCAUCGUUGCCCUUAUCCUUUCCACAAAGUAAAAAAAAUUAAUUUAACAGCGCCACCGAAUACAAUGCGUGUAAAAAAAAAAAAGAGAAAAAUAUCAGAAAAGGAAAAACCCAGCUCCAGAACGAAAGUGGUCUCUUUCUCUCUCCGCACCACGUGUACAGUCGUCGUCAUCAGUUCGGUAGUUGACCUCUUGUAAAUGCGCAAUGUAUGUUAGUGACUCGUCCGUCCUGUGUGUACUUCAAUAUUAAAAACAACCAACCAACCAGCCCAGCUGUGCUCCCUUCAAGCCUUCCUUGGGAGUCUUGAGCGGAGCUCACAUGUGAUUUUCCAUUCCAUUUUGCCAUUAGAGUACUUUAUGUAUAAAUAUGAACUAGAAUCGUAACUUUCUCUCUCUCUCUCUCUUUCUCUCUUCACUGGAUGUUUUAUUUAUAAGACUUGACAUGUUCAUACAUAAUGGAGCAACAGUUCCCAAUUUCCCAUCUCUCUAUAUUAAUCUCAUAUAUAGGUAGAUAAUACACUGUGGGGUUAAUUGUUUAAGUGCAGAGAAAAAAAAUCCUUGGAUGUAACUUGAUUCUCUCAAGAUUGCUGUCGUGUCCUGGUAUUGGAGUGUGAGACUGUUCCGUGUUUAUACAAAUAACAGCAAAAAUGUCUGAGACACUCCUGUGUUCCCAGUAGUAAAAAAAAAAAUUGUAUGCUCCGGCAUCCAAGUUGUGCACCCAGUGUUGGGUUUCGCAGUUAUACGUUUCCAGGUAAUAAAAUUUCCUCCACUACAUCAUUGUAA